AUGAUACCUUGCUCUGAUGAUGUUGGUCAUGUGACGGACGAAAGCUUAUCACCUUUUCAACGGAAUCGAAGCAGAUUGCCUCGGAAACAGCGUCCGCGUGAAUCUUCGAAUCUCUUCACCCAACACUUACUCGAAAUGGACAAGAACGCUCCUCCUCUUGUCGGAUCCGCUUUCACCUGCGUUUUUCCCACUCUGCCUCAGCCCAGCCUUCGGCUCUUGCCUACCGCCUCUCGGACUGGAUGCACUUCUGCGAAUGGCAUCGUUUGCCCUUCUCCCAGCCAGCAACUCGUCCACCCUAGCAACAGGUCCGUCACCAACACGGACGCACUCUUGGGCUCCAGAAAGUGUGUAAACAGAACAAACGCUGUCGUCGAACCAACUUAUCCGGCAACCUCUCCGUACGCCAGCGGGUUCGCCGCCUUACCCUCCAGCUCUUCUUCCUCGUUUGACGGACAACUCGAUUCGACCGGAACUCGACCAGUCACUUCCUCCUUUGCACACUCCAUCGCCUCCCAAGCCCCGGCCGGCAACAAUGAGUCUGCCAUGCCAACUGAUUCACCAGACUGUCGCUAUGCCGAUCUGCUGUUGUGCUUCUUCUGUGGACGAUACCAUACGCCUACAGAACCGCAUCUUUACGCGUACAGCCAGCCGGUAGAUGCAGAUCUUCUCUGCAGAGUAGGUCAUCCAGCCUGA